AUGACUCCGAACCCUCCGGUCCCGUCUGCUCUCCAUCCUCAGUUCCGUACGCACAUCCGCACACCCACUAUUGCGGCGUCGCCGCAACAAGUGGCAGACCUCAGCUCCGAAGCUCCUCCCGAGUCUCAUGACGACAAAUCUGGAGAGUCUCUCUUCUCGAACCAAACCAACUGUCGAAGUUCACUACGUAUAACUACCGAUAUUCAAUCUACGUCACCUGCCCGCAACGCCAGCCACAACGCAUGCCAUAGUGGACACAACAGUCUUGCCCCAUCUGGGGGUCAGCUUCCUGUCGAGCGCAGAAGAUCCUCGAGUCUUCGGCCUAUUCAAAGAACACCGUCGCUCAAGCAAGCAAUUGCCAAUAGUAUUGGCUCUGCUUGUAGCUCCGCCGUUCCGAGUCCUCUGAUCACUGCGAUGGGCGAUAUCACACCUUUGCCAUCGCCUUUACUCAUGAGUGACUCGCCUGGACCCUGGAGAAGGCUUGGUAUGCGUCCACCAUCGCGGGAGGCGCCGCCGAUACUGCCUUCCAUGAUGCCUGGCUCUGCACUUGUUACCGCUAAUGGAGAGUCCGUCUCUUCCGCCCUGGCAAAUCAAAGCAAACGUAAGACAUAUGUCGGUCUUAAGGGAAGCGACGCACCGCCCGGGCCGGAACACCGUGCAGAACAUACGCAUGGUCGAAACAGAAGUGUGAGUGAAUAUGUACCUGAUCCUUUAGCGAUCCCCAAGAGGCAAAGUACCGUAUCCGGAUCGCAUCCACGAGCUGAGAUCGGCGUUGUUGGCACCGAUGACAAACAUAUGCGACGGGAACGACAUCUCGGACCGACUCGGGGUUUAGUCCCAUCACAUAAACCUCCAACCCCCCCUCCGAGCGAAUCAUCUCAGAGUACUGAUGGGUCAACUGGGCAAUUGAGGAAACCAAAAGCAGAAUAUUUCGAAGCAUAUGGCCGGCAUGAUAAAAAAUUGAGAAGAUGGCGAGCAGUAAAACAGCUUGGUGAAGGGACGUUCAGUCGUGUCGUGCUGGCGACAAGUCAUGUGCAUACUGACGACAACGAAACCCCUAAAACUCUGGUUGAAUCAGAACCAGACCCGAAGAGUUUAGUAGCAGUCAAAGUCUGUGAACACGGUCCCCGUGGCGGUGCAUCAGAAGAUCGUAUCGAAAUGAGUUUGAAGCGAGAACUUGAGAUCAUGCAAACUCUACAUCAUCCCUCUUUGGUACACCUGAAAGCCUGGAACAUUGAGCAAACACGGGCAUUGUUGGUUAUCAGCUAUUGUCCCGGUGGGGAUUUAUUCGAUUUGGCCGCCAGGCACAAAGAAUUGCUUACACCGCCAUUACUGAGACGAAUAUUUGCCGAACUUGUGGGUGCUGUUCAAUAUCUCCAUGAACGCCGGAUUGUUCACCGAGAUAUUAAACUUGAAAAUGUCCUGGUUAAUGUUCCUAUCCACCAGUUGGCGGACCCUAAGCAGGACUGGGCUACAUAUCCGGAUUCUGUCAUUACUUUAACGGAUCUUGGACUUUCUCGCCGGGUAGCCGAUGACGAAAAGCUGGAGACAAGAUGCGGCUCAGAUGACUACGCCGCCCCCGAAGUUAUUCUUGGUCAACCGUACGAUGGCAAGGCAAUUGAUGCAUGGUCUAUGGGUGUCCUACUCUACGCAUUAUUGGAAUCACGCCUGCCUUUCGAUCCACCACCAGGAGCGCCUGAUGCACUUAGAAUGCGAAGUCGUACAAGUCAUAGGAUUGCGCGAAUCGAAUGGAGAUGGAUCGAAUAUGCUGGAGAUGAUGGCGAUCACGAAUGUGACGAGGCUAAGUUCGAGGCCAAGGGUCUCACAGGCGCCAUGGAAGUAACCGAAGGCUUAUUGAAGAGAGCUCGAAGUCGAUGGACUCUCGAAAAGGUUGCAGAAACUGAAUGGGUACGAGGUGGAAUCAAGGUCGAAGGUGGUCCUAAAUUCAAAGAGGAGGAAGAAGGUGAAGAAGUGUUAUGA